CACCGAGCCAGAGAGCUCGAUUUUUAUACGCUGCUACCGUGGACGCCGCCGACUAGCACUUGUUUACUCAGUCUAGACAGCUGCCGAACGGAACCGGGCGACGUUUAUUUCCGCCCUUCAAACAGUUCCACAAGGCCGCACAAGAAGCUGCACACAAGCGCACACCGCGUUGCGCUCUAACAAACUCACGCCACACGAGCGGCACCGGGCGAGGUUAUUUACCGCCCCUCACAGCGUCUCGCUCUAACAACCUCACUGACCACCGGCACGACCGGGCGAGGUUACUUACCGCCCGCACGACAAGAUGGGCAAGACCGUCAUCACCUUCGGCACCUACGACCUCUUCCACUACGGCCACCUGCGCAUUAUACAACGGGCGAGGCAGCUCGGCGACCGACUAGUCGUGGGCGUCUCCAGCGACGCGCUGAACUACAGCAAGAAGGCCGAGUACCCGGCCGUGCCGCAAGACCACCGCAUGGCGGUCGUCAAAGCGAUCAAUGGUGUGGAUGAAGUAUUUCUGGAAGAAUCGCUCGAGAAGAAGCCCGAGUAUUGCAGAAGGUACAACGCGGACGUCAUGGUCAUGGGCGAUGAUCAUUUGGGGAGAUUUGAUGACAUUUUGAGAGGUAUCUGCGAGUGCCGCUACCUGCCUCGCACGCAGGACGUGUCGUCAACAGGCCUGAAGAAGUCCAUUUCCAACGACAUGCUAUUGAAGGAGGCCUCGCCCCAAAAGGCGCGACCCAUCGACCAGGCCUACUCCGCCGCGGGCAAGAAUUUAGUGCAUGCGACGCAGCACAACAUUGUUUUUGAUCUACUGAUUAGGGCCCACGACGCGUACUACGACUUCGUCAUGGUCGCGUGCACGCCGUUCUGUCGCGUCAUGCCCCGCACUAUUGGUGGUGUCACGGUGUUUACCGCAAACAUCGUUACGUAUGGGAGAGGACUACUGGUUAUCCCCAUAGCAUUAUGCAUGAAGUACUCCUAUUUAGGCUGGGCGUCGUUCUUGAUCAUGUGGCACGAUUUCUUAGAUCAUCUUGAUGGUGUGGUGGCCAAGCAGCACGCGCGGGACGGCCGCAAUAUACAAGAUGUGAAGCGGGGCUACGACGGCGCGCUCGGCGCGUUCUUAGACGCGCAGAUGGAUAAAGUGGUGUUCUGCCUUUGCUUGUGGUCCUACCUGCUCCUCUGCGCGUACGACACGUCAGAACUAGGUUUAAGGGCCGUCGUCGUCGUCUGUUCGCUAGCUUUAUUCGCUCUCGAAUUCACGAUCGGCUGCGUCCGCUUCGGCGACUACUACCGGGCCAAGUUCGCACCGCCGUCCGAUAGCAAGAGCCCCGCCCUACGGGCCGUCUCCGAGGGCAAGCUCAAGCAGAAGUUCGAGUCCGUGGGGCUCGCGCUCUACGCCCUGACGCUGCCGGACCCGGCUCGACCGGAGGUGCGGACCUACGUCUACUCAGGAACAAUUUGUCUGCUCUUCGCGGUCUACUUCUCCUGGCAGAGCCUCCAGCACAAGCUGCGCGCGCGGGGGGCGCGCGCGCAGUGACCCGAUUUUUGUGCCCAUGCCAUAUGCGGUCACACGGGUAUAACUUGCUAUUUUACACUCG